AUGGCCAGAUGGCUUAGCUGCUUUGGUCUGGCCUUAAAACUAUUGUUUAAUUCAGAGGGUCUAGGAAUUCAUCCUGGAGUUAUGGAUGGGGCCAUCAGUAUAUAUGUUGUUCGGGUUAAUUCUAGAAAAGUAUCAGCUACAACGUUGAACAAAUUUUCAUGCAUAGCAUUGGCUGGGGUGUAUACUGAGUAUCUUAUAUAUGGAUUUUCUGAAGGAGGUCUAGAUGAUAUAAGAAAGGACCUAGGCUUCGCACAGAAGAAGGCAGAUUCUCAGGUUAGAUGGUCUUUGCUAAACACGGUCUUGCGGAGGCAUCAAGCAGCACGAGGGAAGGUUGUUGAGGCCUUAUCAACGGGAAAAUCCGUAGGAUCCUACAUUGACAUUAUAGAGAAUUCUAUUGAUGUUUCAGACCUCUUACUGAAGCUUUGA